AUGACAGAAGGCGACACCACAUCUGCGCCUCCGCCCUCCAGCUCCGACAUCGAAAUAACACUCACCCACCACGGCAAAGCAAUCACACUAUCCUUCGCCCAAGAUGCCACAAUUUCCGACCUCUCCGAACGCGUCGCAAACGAGAUGUCAAUACCGCCCUCGAACCAAAAGUUCCUCGUAGGCGGGAAGAUCGGACUUCAGAAACCACCCUUCAAGAACGCCUCCCUACCGCUCACCGAGCUCGUCGGCAAGAAAAUAACCCUCAUGGGCAGCACAACCGAAGCCGUCUCCUCCCUCAACAACACCAUAUCCGCCGCCUCAGCGCCCCGGCGCCCCGGUCCCAUCAAAGCCGCCCUGCCAGCGCGCAACCGCGAUUACAAGAAGAUACAAGAGGAGGCGCAAUACACGUUUCACACACUACGGCCGCUGCCGUAUCUACCGAAUCCAGAUCGUUCGUUACGCUUCCUCCAACGGCUUCGAGACGACGCGGGAAUCAAAGCAGCAAUGCGCACGCACAAAUUCAGUGUACCGCUGCUUACAGAGAUGGAUCCAGCCAUGCAUACUACAAUGGAGAGUCGGACACUGGGCCUCAACCGCAACCAAGGCGAGGUUAUCGAGUUACGGCUCCGCACAGAUGCUUACGACGGGUAUCGCGAUUACAAAACUAUCCGCAAUACGCUUUGCCAUGAGUUGGCGCAUAAUGUCUGGGGCCCUCACGACCGCAACUUCUGGAACUUGUGCAAGCAGAUUGAGCGGGAGGUUGCGCGCGAUGAUUGGAAGAGUGGCGGGAGGAGUGUGGGGAAUGAUGAGUUUUAUAAUCCGGGGGAUGAGGGCGCGGAGGAGGUGCAUGAUCAUGGGGGGUGGACUGGGGGCGAGUUUACGCUGGGGAGUGGUGGGAAAGAUACGGGGGAGACGGUUGUUGGUAGUGCGACGGGUGGGUUGAGUAGGAGGGAGGUGCUGGCUAAGGCUGCGGAGGAAAGGUUUAAGAAGACGAAGGAGGUGGAGAAGGAAGAGCGUGCUGAGGGAAGUGGAAGUAGUGGAGCUUGA